AUGUCAUACGAUUCUUCGUCGCCCCCAUCGCGGUCAACACCUAUAUCAACAACUGUUCCGCCAGUAUCUUCUACCAAUAAUGCUGAUGAUGCACCAAAUUUACCAUCAUCAACAGGAUACGAUACAUUUUUUCCAACAUUCGAUGAUGGCUGUUCAGCGUAUCCAACAAAUAAUAAUAGCAUAAAAAAACCACAAAUAUCAUCAUUCGAUCCAACAAUCUAUCAGAAUUCAUUUGCAAGUCAUUUCUCACCAACAGGUGUACCAUAUCCAUUUUAUUCGGAUGCAGCAACAUCCUAUUUUUCAAGUCAAGCACGUACAUAUUCGGAUUAUCUUUGUCAACCACCUUAUCGUCCAUCGACAGCAAACAAUCCGAUGGCACAAAAUCCAGUAUCAACAUCACCAACAAAUGCAACUAAUACAUCAACUAAUUCAUGGUAUCAACCGACACAUUGUAGCGAUCCAAGAUUUGCAAUGACACGUCUACUAACUGGACAAACUCCUUCACAAUAUGAUAUGUAUCAAUCUGCUUCAGCUAUGAUGGAUCCAUUGAAAUCUGCUUAUCACCCAUUUGCGUUUACACCGAAACGUAAACGUCGUGUUCUAUUUAGUCAACAGCAAGUUAUGGAACUUGAAAAACGUUUUGAUAAAAGUCGUUAUUUAAAUGCUCAAGAUCGUGAUCAACUAGCGCAUUCAUUAAAUUUAACAUCUACACAAGUUAAAAUCUGGUUUCAAAAUCAUCGAUACAAAACAAAAAAAGCCACCAAAGAAAAAGGUGGAAAUAAUUGUGUCGACAGUGAAGAUGAACAACCAAUGUCAACAAAUAAUCCUCAUCAACAUCAUUCACAAAUACAAUCGAAUAUGUUUCAUUCACAAGUACAAAUUCCGUCAAGUCAUCAGCGACUUCAUCAUGCACAUCAUUUACAUCAUCAUCCACCGCUUCAUUUACUUAAACACGAACCACGUUAA